AUAUAAAGUUAUGUUCGUGUUAUGUAAGAUUCACGUGUUUCACAAUGCUGUGUGGUGUAUGCUUCUCUGGGUAUAAAUAUGUCCGGUUUUCACAUCAAUUUCUGUAUGCAGUAAUAUUUAGCCAGGCUUGAAAUCGAAACCAAAAUGUUGCAGUUGCUCUUUGUCGCGCUCUCUGUCUUUGGUGUUUCCCAGGCACAAGUCUUUGGUCUUGGAAAAUGUGCUCAAGUGAAAACCCAGGAAUCUUUUGAUCUGAACAGGUAUCUUGGAACAUGGUAUGAAAUUUAUAAAUUCAACUCUAACUUUGAGGGAAAGCAAAAAUGUGUCUCAGCAAAUUAUCAGCUACAAUCCAAUGGUCAUGUUCGAGUCGAUAAUAUUGGAUUCGAAAACGGAGAAAAGAAAGAGGCUGUCGGUGAUGGCUAUGUACCAGAUAAAAACUACCCUUCAAGACUGGGCGUCAGAUUUUCUAAUUUGGCUCCAUAUGCUAAAUACUGGAUCUUGGAUACAGAUUACACAAAUUACACCAUGAUUUAUUCGUGUACCGAUAUCCUGGAACUCUUCCACAUUUCAUAUGCCUGGAUCUUGGGCCGUGACAGAACGCUAGAUGAAUCCAUUGAGAAUAGACUUUUCGCCAAGGCCGAGUCCUAUGGUAUAGAUACCUCAAAUUUCCUGAAAGAAGAUCAAACUGGAUGUUAAUGUGCUAUUGGGUUUUUUAAAUACCCGUUUUGUUGCGUUUUUAAAUAAACAUUUAUGAAAUAAAAA